UCAACGAAGUGUGAAUUGUGAUAAAAAUUAAAAUUAUCACAUGAGAUAAAACGGUUCAAAUCUUAACUGAUUUAGUUCUGAACAAACAUAAGAAGCAUACGAGAACAUCUGAAGAUAUAUUACUCACAUACAAGAUGAACAUAGACGGCGAUAUGAACGCUGACGAAUAUUUUGUCACGGCGGUACAGAUAUUCGACUGUUGUGGUGUGGACAAAUCUAGCACAGUAUCAGUUAGUACACUGAUGGACAAAUUUGCACCAUUCGCCAAAACAAAUAAGUCAGAGUACACCUUCCUUCGAUCUCUAUUAGACCCCGACCAAAAUGACCCGGAAAUUACUGUGUCCAAGCUAGCAGCAACGUUAAACUACUACAGUGAAAAUCAAAAGAUCAAACUAGACUUAGAUGAGAGUUUUAAUUUGAAAGGUGGACAGGUGCCACAAGAUUCCGAUUCAGGCAUUUCAAGUGAUGGCUUCCAAAUCUUAGAGGAGUUGCAGUGUGAACUCCGGGAGAAGUCACACAUGGCACACUCGCUGCGGACACAACUCGACCUUGCCAGCCGUGACCACGAGGAGGCUCUCGGAGCCGUCAUCGCAGAGAGAGACACGCUGAGAGCACAGCUGAACGUUAUGCGUGAAGAGAACGCGUCCUUGAGUGCCGCUCGUGCCGACUGCGAGGAGGCCUGCGAGCGGCUCGCUGCAGCGGAGAGGGCAUUGGCUGAAGCGAGACAAGAACUUGGGGCUGUGAGACGCAGAGCCAGCAGGACUUCGGAGCAGCUGGCUGUUAUGGAGGCUGAGAAACUAACCCUGCAAGAGUUACUUGCUCAGUCUAAACAGGAGUGUCACCGCAUCAAUGAGAUGUAUGCCAGCCGUCAGUCUGUACUUCUAGAAGAGAAUGAGGCUCUGAAGACUGAUCAUGCCGACCUGUCCACCAGGCUGCAAGACCAGGAGGAGUAUAUGCAGCAGAUGAUCAAGGAAAAGGUGAUACUAGAGAUGGAGCUAAAGGACGUCCUGAACAAGUCCAACCACAUCCACUCGCGUAUCGACCGCUCCAUAGACGUCAGCUACACCGACGACCAGAUGCUCACAGCGCUCGACAGCCUCAAUGCUGAGAGCAAGUUCAUACAAGACAGUCGUACAAGUAUACUAGACGAGGAAUCGUUUCUGAAGGCGCUACACGAAGAUUCCGGACGACCAACCAAUAUGUCUCUAUUUGAUGAAAUACGACUGAGUUUCUGCAACAAAUCCAAGCUAAAUCUUUCAGAAUUAAACACCAUGGAAUACUUCGAGAAAAGAUAUUCCCAUCUUGAUUCCACAUUCGAUACUGUGGGUACACAGACAGACAAAAGCAACGAUAUAGAUUUCUUUCUGAAUAAAAAAAAUAAGGAUAAUGUAAAAAUUCAGCAAAGUAUUGGUAUACAAACUGUAAAAGAAACUAAAGGGAAUAUUGAAGAGGAAGUCAUGAAAUUAGAUAAAAGAGACACGCUAACGCAAGUCAAUACUGUAAAUAAAAACGUAAGCAUUCAGACUGAUAAAGAAGAUAAUAGGGAACUAACUUGUUUUACAACAGAACUAGAUAUCCCAUAUAAAGAAGGCAAAGAUGUAUCAACAAAUACUAGCACUCAAAUGUACGAAGUGUUCAAAGAAGUAGAAGUCAUGAAUUUUGGCGUUAACACCGAACCUUAUUCCCUAGAAAAUAAAGUCAAAAAUUGCAUCGAAUGUGAUAAACUGAAAGAGCACGCUACAAACUUGGUAAACGAUCUUAAGAAUACGCAAGUCGAUUGUAAGAAGCAAAUAAAAAGUUACGAAAAGAACAUCAGUUUGAUGCGAAUAAUGCUUGAUGAAACGAAUACUAGAAAUGAGUUUAUGAAGUCACUAGUAGAUAAUUUGAAAUCGAAGAUCAACAUUCUAGAAUCGGCAUACGUGGAGCAAAACAAACGCAUUGAUGAUUUGAACUCUAAGUCUGCGUGUGAAAUUGAGCGCGAUGUGACAUCGGUGGGCACACAAGCGGAGGUGCCGUGUGCGGAGUGCGUCAAAUACAACGCACCCACAAGAAGCAUUAGGAGAUUCUUCUGGGACUCAAUAAAGUGUCUCUUCCAACUGUUCGCUGUGGUGUGCUUCGUGUGCGCUGUGUGCGUACUGUACGGCGUGCGGCGGGCACCGUGCCGCGAGCUGCCCGCGCGUUGGUUGCGCCCCGCUGACUUAGUGGAUAUGCUGCUGCGGGUGGAGUACGUCGCUGACGUGCCCAUGUGAAGGGGGGGGCGAGUGAAGUGAGUUGUGUGAUUGUUUGAGUGCGUCGACACAUUUGAUAGCGAAGAUAUAUUCGAUUGCGUGGACACAUUUUAGUGCGGAUAUUAUAUAUUCGAGUGCGUCGACACAUUUCAGUGCGAAUAUUAUAUAUUCGAGUGCGUCGACACAUUUGAGUGCGAAGAUAUAUUCGAGUGCGUCGACACAUUUGAGUGCGAAGAUAUAUUCGAGUGCGUCGACACAUUUGAAUGCGAAGAUAUAAUAUAUUCGAAUGCGUCGACACAUUUUAGUGCCCUGUCCCAUUUAAUUGUAUAAUAUCUCUCUGGCUCUGCCCUGCCAACCUGGUGGAUAUGCUGCUGCGGGUGGAAUACGUCUGACGUGCCCAUAUUGUGAGGGGGGAGCGAGUGAAGUGAGUUGUGUGACUGUUUGAGUGCAUCGACACAUUUAAGUGCGAAGAUAUAAUAUUCGCGUGCGUCGACGCAUUUUAGUACCCUGCCCCAUUUGAGUGUUUCUCAUACAUCUCGAGUAUUUAAUAUCUCUUUCGCUCCGCCCCGCACCACAAUGACAUGUGAUUAUCAGUCGCAUGUCACAUUAUAAUAUUUCAUUUGCUCCCUCUGACUCGCUGCAGCAGGCCUGCAGUCUGCUUAAGUAACAUUUUAUUACAAAGUUUAGUUCCUAUACAAUCAACAGUAUGUUAAAACAACAAAACCAGCAAAGACAUUAAACAAUUUUAACAACAGGAAGGUUUUGUAAUAGACGUUUUCUUCAUUGGACUUGUCUACCUAAGAAUACAAGCCUGCAAUUUUUAUUAAUAAAAAAAGUACACAGUGAAACGUAACGCACUUUGUUGGAUAAUUCUUCUCAUAUGUAUGCUUCGGGUUCUUGUGUUCUGUUUUAUAAUUCUAAGAUUGAUUUACCUUAUUUUAUUUUAAUUUUUAAUCGUUUUAUUACCCUCUGUUAUUUUAAACUUUACUCAGUUUCUGCUAUUUAAUCUACCAUCAAUACAUCUUUGAAUCAAACAGCAAAAUAAUAUUCUCAAUUCUUAUAGGUCAAAUGAUACAUCUGUGAAGUAUUGACCAAUCAGAACAGAGUGGUUGUUUUGAUAUUUACAUGAGAAUACUUAUACAUGUUCAUACCGAGACUGCGUCGAAACCAUUUUAAAAUUGUAAGAUUUAGCAGAAUAGGCAUGAUGACUAUU